UGACAAUAUUGGUUAUGUUUAUGAAAAUAAUUGUUUUUCUCAUUGUGCUGAUGCGGUGGUAACUCUCAAUCCGGAAGUCAGGAUGGCAGGGGAAGGAAGUCUGUCGAUUCUCGCUCUUGUUUUCACCGUUUUCCUGCAAAUUUACCCCAGUAUUGGGGGGCAGGUGAAGGGAUCGGUUCCCCUGGAUGUAACGACAUUCGAUAAGGUUGUGUCCAAGUUUCCAGUCGUCUUGGUGAAGUUCGAUGAGCAGUACCCUUAUGGAGACAAGCAGGAUGAGUUCAAGAAACUGGCAGAGCAGCUAUCAACUCAGAAGGAACUCCUGGUGGCUGAAGUUGGCAUCUCAAAGUUUGGUGAAAAGGAAAAUGAAGAACUCGGAACAAGAUUUGGAGUGGAUGUAGAAGAAGCACCAAAGUACAAGCUGAUAAUGCAGGGUAAGGAUGAGCCAAUCCCGUACGAGGGUGAAAUCAAGUAUGACGACCUUCUGCGCUUCGUCAAGGACAACAGCGGUCUGUGGAUUGGGCUACCCGCUACUCUGGAGGCAUUUGACAAGCUGACAAUGGAGUUUAUGGCAGCACCGGAUGACAAACUGACAGGACUCAUCACCAAGGCAGAAGAAGAGGCAAAGCCACUCGAAGAUGAACAGGACAAAAAGUCAGCUGAAAUGUACAUCAAAAUCAUGAAAAAGGUUCAGGAAAAGGGCAAAGAUUUUGUCAACACAGAAAUCACCAGGGUGAAAAAGCUGCAGGAUGGAAAAGUUAGCAAAACUCAGAAAGAAAAUAUCAAAAAUCGCCUGAAUGUUCUGAGCUCUUUCAAGGCUGCUGUGAAGGAUGAACUGUAGGGAUUUUCUAUUGGGCCAGAUAAAUUUAGUACCAUGGUUGGGGUUCUACAGUCAGAUUUUCUGAGGCAGUUUUCAUAAUGAACAAAAUUAUAUGAAAACAAUUUCUGCCAUCUAACCCAAGAUGAAAUCAAUUUGUGACUUUGGACUGCAUUUGAAAAUAACAUUAUAUCAUGAUUAUGGUAAUACAUUUAUGGAGUCAUGGUCUCUUUUCUUCCAUGAUUCGAAAAGUUGCAAAACAAAAUUUAGACUUUUUCUGGCUUUGACAAAUCUUAUCAUUUAAUCUCCUUGUGCAAUUGCUCAAGCUUGUAGUUGUCAGAUAUUCUCAGCUGUAAACUGAUUUCUAGAAUAUAUGAUGCAAUAAAAAUGAAACUUUGUUCAUUUUCACCCAAAUGUGAAGUUCAGUAUACAAGUAUCUCCAUUUCCUGUUUGCAUCUAAGAAUCUGGUAUCACAUCCAAGGUGAUGGUUGAUGUUUUCAUAUAUCUUUUCCUAACCUUAUUUGUGCAAAGGACAGUAUCCAGACUGUAAUGAACCAAAAACUUUGGAAAAUGCUGCCAAGUUAUUGAUAGGUGUAAACCAGGAGAUUGUAUUUAUAAGACAAUUCUGAUAAAGCCAGCAACAAAUAAAUGUAAUCCCUUGUUAUGGGAAUGUAACUCCAUAUCUUAAACAGAACUUUAUAUUAUCUUUGGUACUACAUGUACCUAUAUUUGUACCUUCAGUACUUGAUAUGAAAAAAUCGUUGUUGGGUUGAAUUAAAAGGCCAUUUUAGUACCAUUGAAAUAUGGCUUUUUAAUGCUAUCUUCAGCAAUUGGACCAUAAAAUAUUGAUCAUUUACAUAAGUUACAUGCAGAUAUCACUCAAGCAAUGAAUAAACAUUAAGGCAAUAUUAUCAACAUUUCACAUUUACAUUCCUGUCUUAGAAGACAAAUUUCCAUUCUUUCUAAAGUUGAGAAUGGUUUAACCAGUAAAGCAAGUCUAUGUAGUGAAAUUCUGAUUUGUUGAUUCAUUCAUGAUGAAGACCACCCACCUUAGCCAGUGAGAUUAUAAUUUUGUCAGAAUUCUAUUCUGUUUUUUAUUUGCAAGUAUCAUAGAGCUGGAGAGUAUUUGUUGUCAUUUGAUUUUGUGAGUACUUUUAGUGGAUGGAGUCAUGGUGCCCCAACGACCCAUACAGAGGUCAAGGAAUAGGUGAGGUGAGGUGAAUUUAGUAACAUGUAAGCCAUGACAACUCCAAUGGGAGAAUUAAUUGUUUAAUGUCAGGUUUAGAUAAAAAAUCUGUAUUGUUCUUUGUUGCUGUGUUAUCAAAUGAUGGAUGUUUCCCAAUGAUAUCCUUCUGCAAAGUUUCCUUGUUCCCAGUGCUUUGUAACAAUAAGGCAUAAAGGAUAAUGUAUCAAAAGCAAAAAAAAGUGGAAAAUAGUGUUUUGUAACAGAUUUUCUAUCAAUGAUUUAUUCAUUCCAACAACAGUAUUGUGAGAUUAGAUUUUUAAAUCUGAUGGUAUUCAACGUUGUUAACGUUACUUCAUCCCCCC